GAAGCGGAAUAUGGUGGGCAUGAUCAGAUAGAUUUGUAUGAUGAUGUCAUCUCCCCAUCUGCAAAUAAUGGAGAUGCUCCAGAGGACCGGGAUUACAUGGAUACUCUCCCGCCAACUGUUGGUGAUGAUGUGGGGAAAGGAGCAGCACCAAAUGUUGUCUAUACGUAUACUGGAAAGAGAAUUGCAUUGUAUAUUGGAAAUCUAACUUGGUGGACAACAGAUGAAGACUUAACUGAAGCAGUUCAUUCUUUGGGAGUAAAUGAUAUUUUGGAGAUAAAAUUUUUUGAAAAUCGGGCAAAUGGCCAAUCAAAGGGAUUUGCACUUGUUGGUGUUGGAUCUGAAGCAUCUUCAAAGAAGUUAAUGGAUCUGUUGCCCAAAAGAGAACUUCAUGGCCAGAAUCCUGUUGUAACUCCAUGCAAUAAACAGUUCCUGAGUCAGUUUGAAAUGCAGUCCAGGAAAACUACACAAUCAGGACAAAUGUCUGGGGAAGGUAAAGCUGGUCCUCCAGGAGGCAGUUCACGUGCAGCAUUUCCACAAGGUGGUAGAGGACGGGGCCGUUUUCCAGGGGCUGUUCCUGGUGGGGACAGAUUUCCUGGGCCAGCAGGACCAGGAGGGCCACCCCCACCUUUUCCAGGAAAUUUGAUCAAGCAUCUUGUUAAAGGAACUCGGCCUUUGUUCCUGGAAACUAGGAUUCCAUGGCAUAUGGGGCACAGCAUAGAGGAAUUACCCAUUUUUGGCCUAAAAGCUGGACAGACUCCACCACGUCCACCAUUAGGUCCCCCUGGCCCACCUGGCCCACCAGGUCCUCCUCCUCCUGGUCAGGUUUUGCCUCCUCCUCUAGCUGGGCCUCCUAAUCGAGGAGAUCGCCCUCCACCACCAGUUCUUUUUCCUGGACAGCCUUUUGGGCAGCCUCCAUUGGGUCCACUUCCUCCUGGACCUCCACCUCCAGUUCCAGGUUAUGGCCCCCCUCCUGGCCCACCACCUCCACAGCAGGGACCGCCGCCACCUCCAGGCCCCUUUCCACCUCGCCCACCUGGUCCGCUGGGGCCACCCCUUACACUUGCUCCUCCUCCGCAUCUUCCGGGACCACCUCCAGGUGCCCCACCGCCAGCUCCACAUGUGAAUCCAGCUUUCUUUCCUCCACCAACUAACAGCGGCAUGCCUACAUCAGAUAGUCGAGGUCCACCACCAACAGAUCCAUAUGGCCGAGCUCCACCAUAUGAUAGGGGUGACUAUGGUCCCCCUGGGAGGGAAAUGGAUACUGCAAGAACACCUUUGAGUGAAGCAGAGUUUGAAGAAAUCAUGAAUAGAAAUAGGGCAAUCUCAAGCAGUGCCAUUUCAAGAGCUGUGUCUGAUGCCAGUGCUGGUGAUUAUGGGAGUGCUAUUGAGACAUUGGUAACUGCAAUUUCUUUAAUUAAACAAUCCAAAGUAUCUGCUGAUGACCGUUGCAAAGUUCUUAUUAGCUCUUUGCAAGAUUGUCUUCAUGGAAUUGAAUCCAAGUCGUAUGGUUCUGGAUCGAGACGUGAACGAUCAAGAGAGAGGGACCAUAGUAGAUCACGAGAAAAGAGUCGGCGUCAUAAAUCCCGUAGUAGAGAUCGCCAUGAUGAUUAUUAUAGAGAGAGAAGCAGGGAGAGAGAGAGACACCGUGACCGGGACCGAGACCGAGACCGAGAGCGUGACCGAGAGCGAGAGUAUCGUCAUCGUUAGACGCUGAAGGAAGAGGAACACCUUUCAAGAUAAAAGUCUUCAUGGGGGAAAAAUGACGCUUGUCCAGCAGUUUGCUUCUUGAGAUUGAACUGAACCUGUAAGGAUUCAUGGAUAAACUGAACAGGAAUAGAUCUGAAUAAAGCAAAUCUGCAUAAAUGGUAACCAGUAGCUCUACUUUUAUUUUUUAUGUUGCUUAACUGUUUUAUUUGAAGGAAACCUGUGUGAUUUAAAAAGUUAAUAGCUUUUGCAACUUUAUUACUGGUUAUAUACAUUUGGCCAUUAUAAUGUGCAAGCAAUUGGAAAAACAAAGUCAAGUAAAUGCUUGUUUUUAUAGUAGUUUGUUCUUGUUAAAAAUGUUCAUAUGAUAAUGUCUGUAAACAGCACCACUUUGAUUACAAUAGAUGUAGUGUUGUAAUAAACUGUUUCAUGGGGCUGAUGUGUAAAGCUGUUCAAGUUAUUUGAUGUUUACACCUCAGGGAAAGUCUUGUGUUCAGCAAUACCUAAAGAUAAUGUUACUAUGAUAACAUUUUUACUGUCCUUUAAAAGAAGCAUUGCAAUAGCGUUUUUGGAUAUGCAUCAAUCUACUCAUGCGUUCAGUGAAUUAAACAUAACUGAUUAAUGUCUCUUGCCCUUGGUUUUGAUAUUAGAAUAGGUGAUUACAUGGAUAUUUAAUAUUUCUAUAUUCUGCUUUUCUAGCUGUUUUUACCUAGUUAGCUUGUGACUUUGAUGAAUGGUAUAUACUUCUAAAAACUUAAAACUCGGCAGACAUGGCAAUCCAGUCAGUGUUUCAGGGGUCAAAAAACUUUGAGUUUUAACAUGUUAGUAAAAACUCACAUGUAUUUGCUAGGGUAGUGCAGCUUAAUUACAACACCUAUACACUGAAACAUGGUUGUGAACUGCUGGCGUUGAAAGACAGAUUUUGACAAUUCUAAUUGAUCUGUAGUAUUUGGUGUUUCUUAUUGAUGGUGCUUAUGGUUCAAUUUUGAAGCCAUAACAGCCAUGCAGCAGAUUUGUGUGAAUAAGGAGAGCCUUAGUUUUAUUUCCCCAUUGGUAUAGAUUUCUGAAGGAUGUGAUGUUUGUUAACACGGGGUGGUGUUGUCCGUUGUCAGUACUGGGAGAUUUAUAGGUAUCUUCAACAGUUCAAGGAAUUCUAUGUAUAUCCAUGUAACCUGUUAAUUCAUGCUAGAAUUAGAUUUUUUUUUGAACCUGCCUUAUGUAAAGGCCUGUAUUUAAAGCACCUGGCUAGCAUGUGUUCUUACUUGCAAAAUUAGCAGAGGCAGAAUGUCAAUUUGAUUAGAUAUUUUUAUAGGAAGGUAAUUGUGAACCACUACUUAAGAAAUUUGAGUUUAAAGCACUUAAAUUUGUUUUUAAUAUAUUUUUAAAAUCUGAUGAUCUUUAAUAGAUCUGAUAGUAUACACAUUGGUUUUUAAAGUAUAACCAAAUUUUGGGACAAUACUUAAAAGUAUGUAAGUACCUUAGAUAAUACAUAAUGUCCAACUGUAGGAGCCCUCUAAAGAUGUGCACUGCCGUUGUUCAUUUUCAUCUUGUCUGCUGUCAAACUACUCAUAAAAUUAGCUGCUUCAGAUUAUCCAUAUUACCACUAGCUUUAUUUUAAAGCAUUUCAUGAGUGGAGCACUUGUGCACGGGAUCAUUGGUGUUUACUGCAACUGUUCACUCUCAGAAACAAUUUUUGAAGUGUUUUAUCUUGUUGAAAAUGCAGUUGCCUUUUUAAUACUAUUUGAGAGUUGUAUCAGAAUCUUGUUUUGUGUAUAAGUGUUGUAAGUUUUAUCAUUUUUUUAGCUUUUGUAUAUUUUAAUCACAAUGCCCUAUGUUGAAGUCGUUUGGAUAUAUAUAUAACACAAGGGAAAUUAGUUAAUAGUAAGAUUUAAAGGUAAGUAAAAUAUCCAUGAGAGUAAAAAUUUCUCUGAACAAUUUUAAAAUGGAAUCACAAAACUAUACUUGAAAAGAAACUGGAAAUUUUGUACUGAUUUAUUCUUACAUUUUACCUUUUCAUUUUUUUAUCAGUGGAACUGCUUAAUUGUUCCUUCUAUAUCACUCUUCUGCUUGUUUGGCUGAUUUUAUUAUAUGACUUUUGUUUUAGAGAGUCUGAGUGUACUAAAGUUGUUUGCUGCUAGUCCAUUAUUUUAAGUGUUGUCAGGAAGAAAUGACUUCUUGGUUUGACCAAGUACUUUUGCAAAAUACUUCUUCACCUAAUAGAACAUGAAUGUAUAGUAGUAAAGGUAAAAAUUGCAAACCUUGUUUUAUUUGUUAUACCUUGUCAUUGUUUAUGAGCUGAUGUUAUUUGAGAAAAAAAAUUUUUUAAUGUGUAGAAACAAUCCAAAGAGAUACAUCUUUGCAAAGACACCAAAAAAGAAGAGUGUGUGUGUCUUAGAGACCUUUUUAUUUUUUCUUCAUUUAUAAUACCUGUAAUGGAUAUGAGAACAAAUGAGUUGAAUUUUAAACCAUAGCAUUUAUAUUAGUGCUGUGCAGUCACAUUCCUUUCAGCUAGCAGUAAAAUUAUAGAUGAGUGGUACAGCACAUGAAUUGUAUUGCUUCUGAAGCAACACUUUGAGUUGAAUGUGCUGCUUUUGAUUAAAGAAGUAUGUUAUAGAAAGGAUAUUCCAGUGUAAACUUACAAGUGUUUAUUUUCCUAAGCAAGAUUUGGAGUAACUUGCUGUGACCAUCGACCAUAGGUUAGCCCACUUAAUGCCCCUUCAUGUAGAAUGUUCUUAAGCAGUUACCUAUAAUUUGGAGUUCACAAAUAACAUGUAGCUUAAGGUAUUAUUUUCAUUUGAUUCUCCUGUGGAGAAUGCUGUUCUACUUUUUUACUGGUUAAGGUCAGUUCUAAAAGUAAAAUUGGAGGUUUAAUGUUGUAUAAUAUUUUAUAGUGAAAGGGGGAAAUUAUUGAAAGGGUAAAGAAUUUUUCUUUCCCUUAUGUAUUUAAAUGUGCCAAUAACCGAAAUACAUACUGUUUUAUAUGAUGAGAUGCAACGACAAGGCUUUUCUGUUGCUCUUGGCAUUUUGGUUUUCAUACCUGAUUGGUCAUUGCAUUUUCUGUAUCUUAUAAGGUGGCUCCAAUUUUGUGUUUUAAGCAUUGGCUUAAAUUAUUUUAAGAGGUUAUUUUAAGAGGAAGAUUAUGUCCUGAUUCUUUACUGGGAAUGCAGACUUGAGAUUCUCACUGUUUUAUAGAUAACUGCUUUUUAAAUUUUAUUCACUACAUUUAUUUGCAUCCCAUAGCCGUUUGUAAAUGUUUCUUCCAGUUGUAUGUACUUAAAUGCACGCUUAUCCAUUGUACAUAUUAGACAUUUUUUUGUGCUAAAAUAUAUUAAGUGGGAUUUUUGUAGCAAAGCAUUCUAUUUUUCUGUUUUUAUGGUGUGUGUGUGUUUGUUUUUUUUAACAUUAACUUUCAUUUUAAACACUGGUGUAUUCGUUUUAUUUUUUAGUAACCUGACUCUUAGAAGCCUUAGACUUUUAAAGUGAAUAUUCAGCCAAAAAUUGUAUGUUUAUUAAGAUGUGGCCUUACCUUGACAUUCCUUGUGUUCAUAAUGUGAGACUUUAUUUAGAGAAACCAAGAUUUAGGAUUAAAGUUUGAUCUUAAGUUGAAAGAGAAAAUGUGUUAAAAUGUCUAGGCUUCUGAGAGUAAGUUCUUGUACUCUUCUUUCUUGGCAUUAGAAAGAAGCGAUACGAACUUUUGUGAAUAUUCAAAAUAUCCAGGCAGUUGUAGCCUGUUCAGAUUGAUUUAGGUUUGUUUUAACUAAUGUUUCUUUAAAAGUUUCAGGUUGUUGACAUUCACAGAGUACAUCACUACUAUGGUUUUUGUAUAGGAUGUAUGAACAGUUGGUUAUAAACAGAUUCAUGGUUUUAAAGACUUUCUGGUACAUGAAUACUGCAAUGGAGGCUUUUAAAAUAUUAGAUUGAAUUUAAUUGAAGUCAUACAAAUCUUGUAAUGGUAUCUUUGGAUAGUAAACCUUAGAGUUUUUCAUGUGGGAGAAUCCUAAAACUCCACCAUGGGUGUAAAUGUUUUACAUUAAUUUCAUAAUUGGACAGACCCUACCUUUAGUAAAACAUUUCACUUUGAAGGUUUGUUCUUUGUUGCACUGUUACUGAGUAACGCUUCUGAGCAUUCUGUAAGCUAAUUUUAAAAUACAAUGGUAAAUUCAUGUUUAUUUUAUUUAUUUUUUUUACUUUAAAAAUUGUAGUACUCAGGUGGUAUUUAGUAGAAAAUGAUCUUUGGAGUAAAUCAUAUGUAUUCUAAGGAAUGCAUCUAUAACAUUGAUAACUUUAGCCUUAAAAAAAAGGUCAAUUAUUCCUUCUUUCCUCUGCAUCCCAUGGUAAAUUAGCAAGAUAGUUUACAGCCCACUGCAGCCUUAAAAUGUUUCACAAUUUUUAAUGAAAGCCUUUAAUAACGACAAAAAUUGUAUCGUAUUACCAGUCUCCCAUCAAUUAUUGAAUCACUGUUUGUAAAUCAUUUAUCUAAUAUUAGAAGGCCAAAGAAAGUCUUAAAAUUUUAGCUAUUGACUCUGGUGACUUCACAGUAAGAUUUCUGUGCAAAAGGUAAGGUGAUUAUUUGAUCAAAUAGACAUCUUUUUUGUUGCCAUGAGAGCUGGACUUCCAUAUUAGCUUCUAUUAAAAAUCUUACUCUCAUUUAUUAAAAUGUAAUUACAAUUUUGUUUAAUGUUUACUGUCCUUUCUUUCUUUAGCAUGUAGGUGACUGUUGAGCAGUUUGCUGUAUGGCCAUUGCUGGUCUAAACUGCACUGGUAACAAGCAUGGUCUUGACCUUGUACUGAAAAUAAAGCAAAGUUUUCAUAAUA